AUGUUCAGUGGUAGGGACCUGCAAGCUGCGACUUGGAUCAAUGCUGGCGACGACACGCCAUCCUUGGCCUCAUUGAAGCCCGUGUAUCUCGCCUUACAUAUUGUUGGAGGGCACAUUGGCCUGCCGCUCCUCGUUCUGACUUUCCUGCUCUCUAAACGCGCUUCAUGCCAUCCGACGCUCAUGAACUUCUGUAUUAUAUGGAUACUGUAUUCUGUAUUCUACUGCCUGACUGCGUACGACAAGAACGGUCUCACGAACCCCAGUUCCCCUAGCAAGCUCUGUCUGGCGCAAGCAAUCCUGAUCAAUGGAGCCUCGCCUAUGGCAGCGGUCGCUGGCGUCGCUGUCACGGUGCAACUCUGGUCUAUGUUUAAUGAGCCGCAUUUCUAUGUCUCCGGAUGGCGCAAAGCUUCGCGACGGGCGGAUCUUGCACUAGCGUUAGCUCCACCUUAUCUAACUUUCCUCGUUUUCGCCAUGGCUAGCGGUCUUAUUAUCGCAGCUCACCCAGAAAUGGUGGGCGCCCCUUCUGGAUUGUAUUGCUCCGUUCAGAUUGAUCCGCUACAAGACAUAGUAGCCGUAUUUUGCGCUCUUAUGGUCGCUGUGAUAACAGGAUUCGGAGUCGCAAUAGCGAUCAAGUUUUCUCGGCGAUGGGUCAAGACCCAGCAAGCCUUUCCACUAGCUAAACGGAGGCCUUCCAUAUCCAUGUCCUUGCGAGUAGCCAUUCUCAUAUUCUAUACCUGGGUUACGCUAGGGGUUUGUAUAGUGCUAGUGGUCCAUUCGAAAUGGGCACUGCCGUACAUGAUCAUGGCGUCCCUUCCUCUAGUAGCCUUUCUUAUUUUUGGGACGCAGAAGGACGUCUUCCACGUUUGGUGCUUCUGGAGGUGGUGGAGGCACAAAGAUUCGGAUGGAAGGGAAUGUCCUCAGGCGGACAGCCGGAGACCAUCGGAAGCUGAGCUCAUGUUGGAGGAGGCACUGCGAACUCCUAUACUCGCAGUUCCAGAAACUAAGAAGUCGUAG